ACCCGCGCUGCGCCUCUGAACGGGCGCCACCCCGCCGCGCGCCGCUUACCGCCGAGCUCGCUCAGACGAAAGCAACAGUGAUCUUUGAAGUUAGCCGAGAGCCGCCAGCCGGGAGCAUAGCCAGGCGUGACCGGACCCGGGUGUGCGCGCGGUGAACGUACACAGGCAAGCACCGUGCAUUUUUCAGAAGAGAGUUCAUUUUAACGAAACUCAGAGGAUCGGCGGAUGUUUCCGUUUUGUCGCCGCGCACCUGUGGAUUACACCAACCAAAGCAACAAACCACCCCACCGCUGUGUCGGCAGUGUGUACAUAGAAUGUGAACGCCACCGCCAUGGCCGCCCGACGACGCCCUGGCACCUCCAUCGCCAUCCUGGCCAUCGCUCUGGUCAUCGUCCUGCUGACCCUAGUCGCCGGCGGCGCGGCCCAGGACGGCUUCCCCUUCCGGGACUUCCCCAACCCGGUGCCGUACGCGCCGCUCGCCGAGCGCCCCCGCACCUUCCAGCGCGACGUCCAGCAUCAGGCCUUCCAGCAGCAGUACUCCAGCUUCCAGUCGUCGCCGUUCCAGCAGCACUCGCCCUUCCAGAACAAGUUCCAGUCGCCGCUGCGGCAGCCGUUCCAGGUCGACCCGGGCGCCUACCAGCUCGAGCAAAAGCACCCGUACACCAGGAAUGCGAGCAGCUUUGCAGCCUUCCAGGCGCGCCCCUUCCAGACGCCGCCGCCGCAGGCGGUGCAGCGCCCUGAGGACGCUCCGGGAGCCUUCUUCCCGGACCCGCAUUUCGAGCACCUCUUCCAGCGCGAGCUAAACCACCAGAUCCAGCUAGAGCACCAACGCCUCCAGGAGCAGCAGCAACAACAGCAGCAGCAACAGCAUCAACAGCAGCAGCAGCAACAUCAAAAUGUGCCGUCCUACCAGAUACAGCAGUCGGUGCAGGUGGAGCGGCCACAGCUCCAGGAGCUCCAGGAGCUGCACAGCCUCCUGGAGCAGCAGCUGGAGAUGCACGAGGUUCGGCACAACGAGCGGCUGAGGCCCCAGCUGGCCCCGGUGACGCAGGGCGCGCCGCCGCACAGCUUACUGGAGCAGCAACAGCAGCGCCAACAACAGGAGAUGCUGCAGGAGAUGAUCCGACAGCACCAGCAGCAGCAGCACAACCUCGUGGACUCGCACGAGCUCUUCAUGUCGCAGAAAAUUAAGCCGCAGACACCGCCGCCGCCUCCGCCGAGACGCCCGUCACCACCACAACCGCCGCCGCCGAAGCAGAGGCAAACGAAAAAGCCCUCGACGACCACCACCACGACAACGACCACGCCGAGAGAGCCUCUGGAGGUCAUCGACCUGAGCCAGUUCCUCCCCUUCCUCGGGCAGCAACAGCAGGACCAGCUCCGGCAACAAAUCAACUUGGCGCAACAGGUGCAACUGCAGCAGCAGAAGCAGCAAACUCAGCCGGGGAAGGGCAAGCCUCAGCCGCAGGAGAGCGUGCGGGAGCAGCAGAGGCUGCGGCAGCAGCAGCGCCAGCAGGAGACCCUGCGCCAGCAGGAGGAGCGGCGCCUGCAAGAGGAGCGGCAGAGGGAGCGGCAGCGUCAGCUGCGGCAGCAGGCCCAGCAGCAGCAGCAGCGCCAGCAGGAGCAAGAGAAGCGACAGAACAAGGCCCAGCAGCAGCAGCCAACCGGUGGGGCCGGGCGUCAGCAGAGGCAACAGCCCGUCAACAACAAGAUCAACAACAACAAUACCGGCAACCGGACGACGGCCGAGAAGCCCGUCACCUCGGUGCGGGACCUGUUCAACACCAGCUCCUGCAUCGAGCCGCCGCUCACCUGCCCGCACCCCCGCAUCCACUUCUACCUCUACACCAGGACGACGCAGGCCGAGGGCCAGAAGGUUGACGUGACCAAACCCGAGUCGCUCAUCAACACGCAGUUCAACCCCAAGCACCCCAUCAAGCUGCUGAUCCACGGCUUCCAGGGGGGCAGGCAGUUCUCGCCGUCCAUCGACCUCCGAAAGGCGUACUUCAUCCGCGGCGACUACAACAUCUUCGUGGUGGACUACAACUCGCUGGUGCGGCUGCCCUGCCUCUCCCAGAUCCAGUGGUCGCCGUCGUUCCUGGCGCUGUGCGUGUCGCAGCUGCUCACCUACGUGGACAACACGACGGCGAGCGUGACCGGGUCGCGCGUGCCGCCGGACCGCUUCCACCUCAUCGGCUACUCCAUCGGCGCGCACAUCGCCGGCCUCGUGGCCAACUACAUCGACCGCGACCAGGGCAAGCUGGGCCGCAUCACCGGGCUCGACCCCACCAUCAUCUUUUACCAGGGCGCCAACCGGUCGCAGGACCUGGACCCGUCGGACGCGCACUUCAUCGACGUGAUCCACACUGGCGCGGGUAUUCUGGGGCAGCGCGGACCCAACGGCCACGUCGACUACUACGUGAACGGGGGCACGACGCAACCAGGCUGCCAGAGCGACUCGCUGAUUAAGACGCUGUCGUGUGACCACACCAAGGUGUCGCCGUACUACGUCGAGUCCAUCGUGACGCCGGUGGGCUUCUGGGCGCUGCCGUGCCCCAACCUCUUCAUGUACCUCCUGGGCUUCUGCCAGCCCAAGGACGAGGACUACAUCAUCAUGGGCGAGGACGCACCCCACACUGCGCGGGGCAUCUACUACCUGUCCACCAACGGAAACAAGCCUUACGCCAAAGGCUUCCCGGGCAAGAAAAUGCCAAUCAAGUUUCCGAAAUGGCGCCCCAACUGAGGAGAGAGCUGGUCGUUGCUCAAGUUUUCUUAGUGAAUUAAUCUACCUGUGAUCAAAACAGCGAUGCCAAAGUCCGCUUUAGGAACGCUAUGUUAAGAGGGGAAAUGCACCGGCUUUUGGGGGACCCGCCCACGAACAAAAACGAAGGGUCCUUCAACGUCAAACGUCCUAAUGAUGAUGGAGUGCAGCCUUAAAGCGUGUGCGAACCUUAUAAGUGAAUGUAAUUUAUUCGUAUUCCUGUUAGUAGUUAAAUCUAAGAGAAGGUGUUGCAUUGAUUCCUUGCCAACUGCCAUGUUGUGUGUAGUUAGUACCAAUAUUGGUAUAUUUAGUUUACGCGCAGUAAAUGUAUCGCCAGUUUAAAAAAAAUAGAGAGAGAGAAAAUUGUGUUGCAAUGUAGAAGCAUCAAAAAUCGUUGUUACCCUCAACCAAGGUUCAAACCAUGUAUGUAAUUUUUAAAAAAGAAAUAAGGUAGUAUUUUCCAGCGAGGUACUUCACCGCUGGGUAAAACGCGUCAGUGAUGUCAGACUUUGUGAGUACUAGGGUACAAUAAUAUAAAUAGUUCUUUAACCAUAGAAAAUGUUCAUUUAUUUCUAUAGCAAAAUAAGGUGCAGUGAAGAAUGAAACAGGUGUCAAGGUAUACUUAAAUCUUACAUGAUAAGUGAAUGCAGUUUGCCUUCUAUCACAAUUGUAUCACUUGAAACAUAUACGCCAACUGAUAUUACUUAGUGAAAGUUCAAUGAAUAUGACAAUAAGUUAGAUACUUAAACUAAGCAUACUAUUAAAUAAAAGAAAUUCGCGGAAAGCGAAUGACAGUCUCUGCGAUGCUUUUCCCGACGAAGGCAAGAUGCUCGUCGUCCAUCAGCUCUCUAUUCUUUUUGAUUCUUUGGAUCAUAAACAAAUUAUUGACUAUUUCCUUAGUUUCAGUCGAAGGACUGUUGUCGUCCCCGCACCAAGCGGGGAGGCGCACAAUGACGAUGCCAGACUGGCGGCGCUAAGUCCUUUUUAAACAAAAUAA